AUGCCACCGCGGGUGAUCUUGUCCAGCAACGCGUCACCCAGUCGUGCAAUGCGCCCGAGAACACAGACAGUCGACGGACUUCCAUAUAGCCAGCAGAGGUACGACCCACUGACAGGAGGGUCUAUGCCGGGUACUCCUCGAGAUGUUCCACACCCAGGAUCCCCACGUGUGCUAGCGCAACCACCGAAGUUGCCGCCCUUGAGUGUCGCCGUCGGCGAUGGAAUGGCAGCUGCAUCCCAUGCUCUGGACAAUGUGCCAUGGCUAGAGAAGCCGAAGGUCGAGGAUCCCUCUCUGAGACGAACGCUAGACGACGUUGAGCGAAGUAUAGGUAUCCUGAUAGAUCAACAGAAACAGGGACAAGGAAACAUCGGAUUGGGACUCGGAGACACCUCCCGAGACAAACACCCCGUCAUUACGGAAGACGACAGCUAUGCAAAGAUUGAGAAGACGGAAGUUGGGCCAGAGGUUAUCCUCGAGGGGCAGGGGAAAGCCGGUGUCAAGAGAGCACGGACGCGCCGAGCUACCUCACAACUUAGAUCGUCUCACAAUCAGGCUGCGAAUAGACGGCAUACGUACACUAUCUCGGAGCCCGCCAACCAUGCGGCACACCUAUCGGCACCUUCUAUGGCCGUCGGCGAAGUGAGAGGCUGGUUCGCGAACUUGUUCAAUUGGAAGGCACAGCAAUAUGUCUUGCACUCUGUCGACAACUGUUUAGCGACACGCGAUGAAGCUACCCGGGUUCUCCAAGCUCUUGGGUGUCAGGUCGUACUUGAGGAGGCGCAGGGCUGGGGAGUACUUAAAUGCAAGAUGGACGAGAAAUAUGAUAAGUCAACUGGUUUGGUGACAAUGAAGUCAGUCCGUUUCCGUGCCGAGUUCAGUCCCGUUAUGGGGCACGCGAACACCAGUGGAGCUCUUCAGCCGCCUCAGCCAUCUGGCAAUGCGAAUGUCGGCUCUGAGCUAGUGGAUUCGAAUGGACCCUCUGGCGCUCAAAAGAGGACCUCGGCGAAAAAUGUGACUCCCUUCGCGUCGACUCUUGUACUUGUACAAGAGAAGGGUGCACUAUCAACGUUCAAGCACGUUCAUUCGCGCUUGCAAUCUGAGUGGCGUGGGCGAGAGCCGCUUCGGAGUCCAGAGCUUAAUGGGACGGCAACGCCGAUGGUUGGCGUAACACCGCGAUUGAGGUAAAUCAAUGCACCCAGGACAGGAAAUUAUAUUUGGAGGUUCUACUCCCGACGAUCUUGCUCUGCUUCUUCUCUGUAUGGUUAGGAUUGGUGGGAUGUACUUGGCAUGAUACGACACGAUACGACACGAUACGACACGAUACGACCUUUUAUGAAUAGAUUGAUAUGAACUGUAGAUAGAGUACCAUGUACAUUAGCUAGAUAGACUUCUAUUCUUGUUUAUUAUAGACACUGUGGAAACAGA